AUGCAUCUGCAGGCUAGACAGAUCUACUGGGAUGACGACAGGUGUUAUAUCGACAGAUAUGGCUACAGGCGCUGCAGAAGCUCAGCCUGGAACAAUUGGGUCCGAUGGGUAGUCCUCGUCGUUGUCGUCGUCGGCUUCCUCCUGCUCUUUGUACUCUGCUCUUGCUUAACGGCGCGUCGUCGCCGCAAGGCUGGUCGCAAGCCCUUCUACGGAACAGGCUGGGCUGCUCGUCCUGGUCUCUACAACAACCAAAACAACAACCAGUACAACGCCCAGCCAUACUACGCAAACCAACCCGCCCCGCCCUAUGACGCCGCUACAAACAACAACAACAACAACGGUUACUACGGCGGCGGCGCAAACCAAAACUACUACGGUCAGCAAAACGGUGUCGAGCUUCAACAGCCCCAGCCUAGCUACGGCGGAGGCGGCUAUGCACCACCACCAGGCCCUCCACCAGCCAAGGCUUAA